AUGGGCCCUGAAGUUGUAAAGAGUGAGCUGUAUGGAGAGAAGGCUGAUGUCUGGGCUGCAGGAUGCAUCCUUUAUCAGAUGGCAACUCUGAACCCCCCAUUUUACAGCACCAAUAUGCUCUCCUUGGCAACUAAGAUAGUAGGAGCUGUGUAUGAACCUGUACCAGAAGGACUGUACUCAGAAAAAGUGUCAUUUAUCAUAAAGAGAUGCUUGACUCCAGAUGCAGAGGCACGUCCAGACAUAGUGGAAGUUAGCUCACUGCUGUCUGAUGUGAUGAUGAAAUACCUGGAUGUUUUAUCCACCUCUCACCUGAUGUUAGAGAAGAAACUGGAUCGGGAGAGGAGACGAACUCAGAGGUACUUCAUGGAGGCUAAUCGAAAUGCAGUAACCUAUCAGCAUCAGCUUUCCAUUUCAGCACAAAAAAAUUAUGAGAAGUUGAGUCUUCAUAGCAGCAGCAAUGGAGCCGCUCACUGCAGCAAAAGUGAAUUUUCAGAAAACACUGAUCUACCAGUUGAAAGAUGUCAGUCUGCAGAUGGAAAAGAUGAGGAAAGAACAUAUGAAGAAAUCCUAGUAGAGGAUCACAGCACUUCAGAGAACUCAGAGAAAGAUUCUUUGCUUUCAUUUUUUAUGGAUAUGGUCACUAAAUUAGAUGAUGAGCUGGACAUACAGAACAACUUAAGCAGCUCCUGUUCAAGUCAUGAGAAAGAGUCUGCUAUUAGUAUAAUGAAACGAAGUUUUAGUGCUUUGGAAAGACAACCUCAGAUUAGAGAUGAAACUGAAGGUCUGGGAUCAAGACGGCGACCAGCUAUACUGCCUGUUGAUCUGCUCUUGAGUGUGCCUUUGCUCACGUGCAGGAAUCACACUAAGAAAAUAGAGGAUUUGUUCAUGACUGGGUAGCAGUUCCAUGGUCUUCCAGCAAUUAAAUGAGCUGUCCUCCUGCUUUUACUGUUGUCAUCUACAGCAUCAGCAAGAAUUGCUGUAUCACAAAGGAAGGUGCGUCAGAUCAGUGACCCUGUUCAGCAGAUUCUUAUUCAGCUGCACAAAAUCAUCUUCAUCACUCAACUUCCUCCAGCUUUGCAAUACAACCUGAAAAGAAGAAUCAUUGAAAGAUUCAAGAAGUCCCUCUUCAGUCAGCAGAGCAAUCCUGGUAAUCUGAAAUCAGAAAUGAAAAAGCUGCUACAAGGUUCUCCUGAACUGAUUGAGCCUAACUUCUUCACAGCAGAUUGGCACAUGGUACCUCCCUCUUCAGGUGGAAAUGCAUUGCUCUCAGAUGAUAGAAAAGGUAUUGGUGUUUCUGAUGUAGCAGAAGGGAUGACAUAUGAACAGUUGCAGACUCUAAUUGAGGAGGUUCUAGAGGAAAGUGGUUAUUACAAUUUCUCUAACAGGUAUCUCUACUAUUCAAGGGGAACAAAGACCUGUCCCGCAAAAGAAGAAAACUUGUAAUUCUGAACAGAAGGUUCAGAACCAUUCCUAAUGAAAUCAACCUGCCUGUACUUCACCUGAGGCUAUCUGAUUACCAAAGGAACACGUUUGGCUCAUUAAAUAGCAUCCAGAUGGAAUACCAAUGUUGGGCAGCUUCAAGGGACCUUGAGUGAUAUUUCAGGAUGAUAUUCUUAACUUUUGAUCUGUUUACAAUAUAAGCACUUUACUGGGAACAUUGGGAAGGUUUAUACUAUAGGAGAAAAACUCUGUUCCCAACAGUACAUAUCUUCUAUUUUUGUUAAUAUUUUAAAAGAAUUGUUGCAUAGUCAUGUUUUCUGGAAUGAUAGUUGAAAGCCUGCAGCUUUAUUUAUAUCCAUGUAUGUGUUCUGUGGGAAGAAAAAGAGCUUUGUAAUAUGGCCAGACAGAAAAUAUCUUUAGGUUCACUGUACCAGAAUUAAAUGAAAAAACAU